AUGUCUGAUAUUGGAAUCUCGGAUGGCCAACAGUGGAGAGUGAGUGCCCCUUUCGAUCUUGUUGAUGGCCUUGAUGACUGGCUCAAGCGUCUCUCCCAAAUGGCGAAAGAUAUCUCGGAUGGUGAUGCGUUUCCCAGCAAGGUCAUCCUGGGCGGGUUUCUGCGUAGCAGCAGGGAUGUCAAAGUCAAGACCACUGAGCAACUUGAUGCAGCCAAGGAAGAGACUCGCAGGGCUGCUGAGGUUAGUUUCGCAGCGCCGCAAGUGAGCUUUGGCGUGACUUAUGCGAGCACUACUAGCGAGACAAAGACCUCUGGACAGGGUCAGACGGUCGGGAAUGCUGCCUUGACUUGGGAGGCCCGCGGAGGAGAUACAGUGCUUUGCUCAAACCCUUCAGCAUGGGCAGCGACCGUCAAAGACUAUCGUAAUCGGGGAAUCACCGAGCAAUCACAAACUGUGUCUCUGGUCAGCGUAAUCGAUGGUAUCGAUCCUAACAUGGGGCAAAAAGUGGAGUACCCGAACCAGGAGCAUGGAAACACUCCAGACAACACAAAGCUCACGGAAAGAGAGCUCAUCGAUACUCAUCGAUAA